GGAGGCAAGAGGCUGUUUUUAUUUUUAGGAAUUGUUAUGGAGGAGAAGCUUCAGUGUGCUGAAUAAGUUGCCUUUGUGAGGAAAUAGCUCAUCACUAAAAGGAUUUACCACAUAUCGGCUAAUCAACAUGUUUACACGAUGUGUGGUGUUAGAUACGAUAAAUUGACGCGGACAAUUUUGCGACAGGUUGGUGUCAGUUUACGGCUCUUCUUUCAUGUGUAUUAUAUUCGCAAACGGUAACUUACUGUCGUAACAUGCUAGUUGACCGUUAGGAUCUUUUCUAUGGUAAAAACGUGAAUGUUGUAAUAAUAGUAUAGAAGAUCUCUGGUUUUGCCCUUCUUUGGUACAGCACGGUGGACGUGGAUCACUGUCACUGAAUCAUUCGCUACCACAAUGAUGGAUCCUUCACACUGAGAAAUCUGACAUUUGCACUAAGGCAGCAAAUGACAGCACCGUGAAGGGAUUUCGCUCGACCUCAUUUGGACGUCGAUGGUGAAGAUAAUUAGUAACUUUUGAAUAGCUCGCUGGAUUUCCGAUUGUUUGUGUUACAGUCUUAUUCCAAACAACAUGCAGAUACUCGCGAAAGGGGAACAUAUCUGAUAAACAGCUCGCCAUAUUUUCAUAUUCACUCGCUCGACCGCUUCACCGAUGGCACCGAUGGGCAUCCGGCUGUCCCCGCUCGGCAUAGCCGUGUUCUGUUUACUGGGGGUCGGGGUGAUUUAUCACCUCUAUGCCGGAGUCCUGUCCAGCAGAUUCGCAUCGUUCAGGCUGAAGAGGACGGUGGAUCUGAGAGAUCUGCUCGCCCUGUCCAUAGAGGCUGCGAUUCAGGGUGGUCGGGAGGUGAAGAGGAUCAGGGAGGACAACACACUGGAGGAGAAGUCAAAGGGGAAGACCAAGGAGGGAGCAAGUGAAAAGCUCACACUGGGUGAUCUGAACUCACACCGCAAGAUGUUUUACCUGAUCAAGAACACCUACCCUUAUGUACAGGUGAACUCAGAGGAACAUGCUAAUGCUGAGGGUGAGGCCACAGUAUGGACACGCAGCAUCUCCGGAGACGUUCUGGAGAAGGUCUCUGGGGGGAAGGAGGUGCCUGCAGAGAAAGUCACUGUGUGGAUUGACCCAUUAGAUGCCACUCAGGAGUACACGGAAAAUCUCCGGAAGUAUGUCACCACUAUGGUUUGUGUGGCUGUGGACGGGAAUCCUGUUAUAGGUGUGAUCCACAAACCUUUCACUGGGCGCACAGCUUGGGGUUUUGUUGGAGAGGGAGCCAGUCUGGCGCCUCGUGCUUCCUACAACACAAACUCUCCGAAGGUGAUUGUGUCCCGCUCACACUCAGGCAAGGUGAAGGGCUUCGUCCAGGCAGCCUUUGGAAACAAUACUGAAAUUAUACCAGCAGGGGGCGCAGGAUAUAAAGUACUUGCUCUUCUAGAUCCCAUUGAUGAGGAACAAGAGAAGGCUGAUAUUUACAUCCAUGUGACAUACAUCAAAAAGUGGGAUAUCUGUGCUGGUGAUGCCAUCCUGAGGUCUCUGGGUGGUCAAAUGACAACUCUUAAAGGAGAGCAGAUCGAUUACGCCGGCACAGAGGGGAACACGGGUGGCCUGCUGGCCAGCAUUCAGACUGACCACAAGGCAUUGGCCAAGAGACUUCCACCCUGGGAAGAGAACAAACAAUAAUAAACCAAAACCAGGCCUAAGCCCUAGUGCUCCCAUUUUCUUUGGGAAAUGUGAGGAAACAAGAUACGCUUAUGACAUAAGACAACUGAUCCAGCAUCAGUAACUCUAUAUGUGUAAUAAUAACCCACACAAGUUUGAGAUGUGCUACAUGUGUUGUAGAAGGAAGCGUGCCUUUGGCUUGUAAGGAUCAUCAGACAAGUAUCAUGUGACACAUUUAAAGAAUGUUUAAGUGUCAAUGUGUCACAAAAAGUGAAAGCACGGGGUCAAAUAAUGAGGUCACCUUACUUUUUUAAUUGUUGUUCUCCAUGUUGAACCAGUAGCUUAUAUUUCAUUUAAUCCUUCUGCGUUCUAGUGGGAUUUGUGUGGUGCACUCCAAAAUGGCCGGUAAAACCAGAGGUUUGAAUGCUACUUAAAUUGGUUUUGGGUGAGGAUUUAACUGUGAAUCCAGAGAUAUCUUGAAUAUUAUCUCCUUGUGCAUAGCACUACUUCUCAUCAUAAUGGAGAACAUUGUUUCUGUUAGUGGCCUGUGUUCGGUUCUCUAUGUCAGAUCUCAUUUCUUCCGGUUUUACACUGAUACCUGAAUUGCUGUGAGAUUAGACUACAGAGGUUUAAGCACCAUAUGUAAAUAUAAUAUAUAUCUGUAGUACAGUAUGUUGAGAUGGAAAGCCAAUUUGUAUUCUGCUUUUUUGGUAGGGAGAGUUUGAAGGGAAGUAAAAAAGAUUUAACGGAAUACUCAGUAGACUUCACUUUGGGUGAUCCAUUCAGAUGUUGGUGUAAUUAUUCUAGGGCUCACUCAUUUUAAAACUUCAAUUUUCAAAAGAAAUAUUUUUGUAUGAGUAUUGAUACCUUUGCCGUGGUUGUUUGUUGAGAUCCUACAAAUAGCCAUGGUAGUGUGUUUCUCUCCUGGCAAAUCUGGUGGUGUGCAUGACAAAAAGAGAAUAUUGAAAAAAGGAAUGGAAAAAGGAAUAAUUUUUCUGCAUGUGCCCUUUUAUAGAUCUUGUCUGAGAUAUGAGGCAUGUUAUUUGGCAUCACAUAGAUCGUCAUCUUCAUUCUGCCUUUAAUAAAUAAUUAAAGGUUUUAGAUUUUAUGAAGAGUUGUAAGUGUACACACUUACACAAAUAAUGGUUUGCUAAUAUAGGUGUGAAUGAUUUCUAAAAUAUUUGUUUUGGUGAAUGGAACCACAAAUAAAAAAUCAAGUAACUUUUCA